AUCUAUCUGUGCAAUUAUCAUCAAUCUGAGGCUUUUCUGACCACAGAGAUCUGUUCUGUAAAGCAAACACAGUUUACCAGGGGAUCUAGAUGUCAUUGACAUCUGGGAUUGUUGUGUUGAAAGAGAAUUGUCCAUUUCCUGUGUGGAAAUCCUAGUGUGUUAGAAGUAAAAGAUUUCCAAUGGGUUUAAUAGUCUGUUUUUGCUCUGUUCCCCUCUCUCUUAGAUCUAUUUACGUUUCCUAGACUACGAGAUGCAGAACUCCAAUGAGUGUAAACGUAAUUUCGUGGCGGUGUACGACGGCAGCAGCUCGGUGGAAGACUUGAGGAAUAAGUUUUGCAGCACGGUGGCCAACGAUGUCAUGCUGGUGUCCGCGCUGGGAGUAGUUCGCAUGUGGGCCGACGAGGGCAGCCGAAAGAGCCGUUUCCGGAUUCUCUUCACUACCUUCCAAGAGCCUCCCUGUGAGGCAGAUGCUUUCUUUUGCCACAGUAACAUGUGUAUCAACAACACGCUGGUGUGCAACGGAGUCCAGAACUGCGUCUACCCUUGGGACGAGAACCACUGCAAAGAAAAGAGGAAAGCCAACAUCCUGGACAACCUCAAUAACACCAACGGCACCAUCAUCGGCGUGACGUGCUGCAUCGUACUGAUCCUACUUGUCAUAUCUGUGAUCGUUCAAAUCAAGCAGCCACGGAAGAAGUACAUCCUGAGGCGGGAAGACUUUGACCCCACCAUGUUCCAAGAGGUGUUCCAGGAGCCACCGCAUUAUGAACUGUGCACUCUCCGCAGCGCGGCGGCCACAUCCGCGGACCUGGCCGAGCUGGCCGAGGACUUUGAGAGCUACCACAAGCUGCGGAGCGCCUCCUCGCGCUGUGUCCACGAGCAUCACUGCGGUUCCACGCAGUUGUCCAGCAACAAGGGCAGCCACACCAACCUGUGCGCCCGCGAGGCGGCGGCGGCGGCGGCCAUCCUGACGGACCUCCCGCCACAACCCAUGCGGCCGCUUCCUCCCCAAACCAACCGCAGGAACAUUCUGGUAAUGAGACACACCUACUCACAAGACGCCGCAGAUGCCUGUGACCUAGAUGAUGACCUGGAGGAAGUGCCCACCACUAGCCACAGGCUGUCCAGACAUGAGAAAGCAGUGCAGCGGUUCUGCCUCAUUGGGUCUCUAAACAAACAUGAAUCUGAGUACAACACAACUAGGGUGUAACAGACAAUCUGAAGACAAAAUGUCAUCUGAAGUGGAAGGCACAAAGGCUAUUACAUCCUAGACUUCUCUGUACUGACAUCUUGUGGAAGCAGCCUCUAAGAACUUGAAGGGGUGCAACAUAGUGACAAGUUUGCUUUUUUAGAAUUUGAUGGGGGAUAUCUUGUUCUAAAGCUGAUACUGUGAAGCUCUUGGGGACUAAAAAGCAUUUUUCAGACACUGGACUGAAACUCUACAAACUGAUGUACAUUUUUCAUUCAGUGGAAUAUGAAUCAGACAUGUUUUUGUUUCCUCUGAUUUGAUGAUUGUAAUGUUCAGAUUAUUUUUCAAUACAAAGUGUAAUGUCCUGAGUAUAGGUGCAUAACCUUUUUACUUUGCAGAAAUCAAGACCUUUAAAAUAUUGCCAAACCAUUCAUUAAGAUACUUGAACCUAGUUUGUAAUCCUCCAGGUCAGGGGUGAUUUUACUGUGACUAUUGCCUAGUUAGAUGUAUCUGACUAGCAUCUCAGAUGUUAAAACACGUGACUUGUUCUCUUAAUGUUCAACAUUAAGGUCAGUUAUGGUCAUGUCUAUGCAUACAGUAAAAUAUACUAUGUGUGCAGAGCAAGAUUUUCAACGAAUUGGUAUCAAGUUGCUUACUGAUAAGAAAUGUCAGAAUAUUUCCCUUCUAGAUUUGAGAAACAGAAACUUAUUAAUUUGACACGCAUUUAGUUAAUAUGUUUGAUUGAUGCUGGACACAUUGAUUUAAAUAAAGUGAAACAAAAGUGUU